CGGGCGGCGUUGUGGUUUCGGUGCCGGCCGCGGACGCGCGGGCGGGCGUCCUAAUGAGCUCUCUGCACGCACCGCGCCGGGGCCCGCCCAGUGCCCCCGCCCCUGCUCGCCAGAGCUCCUGGAUCUGGAGGCCCGCCCCGGCGUCACCCCCGAAACUUCUUGGUUUCCUCUGGCGAGCCGAGUGAGGGGGUCUCUGUCGGCAUCUUUGAGACGACCCUGGGGUGACGGUAGCUCCUUCGGGAAUGGCUCAGGGCUCAGGCGCCCUCUGGCGGGUGCGGGACUCCAUGCGUUCUCGCAGCCGCCGCCGGCCGCUGGCCUGACGCGCCCUCGUCUUUGCAGGGACCUGAGUUCCUCACCAUGGGGCCCCUGAGCCGGGAAGCCUGGGCCCAGCGCCUGAGCGCCUUCCGGGCUAGUCCGUCCACCUCCAUGGCAGGUCCCGAGGGGGAGGAUUUGGGUCGCGACUUGCUAAGUGACCUGAGGAGUGAGAAGCUGAGCGAGCAGACCAAGGUUUCCUUGCUGGCCCUCAGCCUGGAAUACCCUGCCCAGCUGUGGCCUGACGCUGCAACAGCAGAAGCUGCUGCCACCUCUCUGUUGGACACCCUGGUCCUCUUACCCCCGCGGCCCUCAGCCCUCCGGCGACCCCUAUUGCUGGCAGCCACCACGGCAUUGGCGGUAGGGGGUGCACUAGGCCCCACCUCAGAAGCCUCCUGUCGGCUUCUUCCCCUGCUGCUCGGCUUGGCCAUGGGCCGAGAUCUGGGAAGAGGCUUUGGGCCCACCUCAGAACAGCGGCCCCUGCAGGCCACUGCGUGUGAGUGCCUGCGAGAGCUGGAGAGUUGUAAGCCUGGGCUGCUGGGAGGCUCGCUGGGGCUGCUGCGGAGCCUGCUGGGGCAGGAGGGCCCGGUCCAGCCACUCAGCCUGCUGCUGGCUCUUGCCCUGCGCAACACCUUGGUGCUACAGUCCAGGGCUGGGGCUGGCCUGCAAGGCCUGCUCAUGACGAAGGUCUUCCCCACUGGAAGCGGUCCCUGGGACUGGACAUUAACUGAGGAUGACACCCACCUUCAGCCCCAGAUACCUAGUUGGCCAGCUGCUGAGAGGGAGUGUGGUGCUGCAGCGCUGGAGCCAAGCCUUGAGGAGGCCAAAGAGCUGAGGGCUGCAGUGGCCCAGCUUCUGGACACUUCCUACCUGCUCACUCCUGUGGCUCAGGCCCAGCUUCUGUGGCUGCUGGGCUGGGCCCUGCGGGGUUUGCGAGGACAGCCCCCAGCACUCUUCAAGCCUCAGCUGGUACGGCUCCUGGGCACAGCACAGCUGACCCUGCUGCACGCUGUUCUCGCACUCAAGGCAGCCUUUGGGGAGGCACUGUUCACAGCCCAGGAUGAGGCCUUGCUGCUUCGCCGGCUUACCCUGGCUGCUCAGCACCCAUCCCUGUCCCCACCCACCCAUCUCUUCUACCUGCACUGCCUCCUGAGCUUCCCUGAAAACUGCCCGCUGGGCCCCGAAGGUGAGGAGGCUGCCCCGUUGCUGCUAGGCCCCAGGCUCUGCCACGGCCUUCUACCCAGUCUCCUGCAUGACCCGAUGGCUCUCCUGGCGCGCCUCCAUUUGCUGUGCCUGCUCUGUGCCGAGGACGAGGAAGAGGAGAAAGGUCAGAUUCAAACCCCCCAGAGAUACCUGCAGGAGCUGCUGGCUGGCUUGCAGCAGAGGGCAGCCCUGGAUGGUGGUCCCCGGGCCUUGGCCACUCUAUGCUUCCAGGCCUCAUACCUGGUUGCUCGCUACCUGGGUGGACAACCUCUGGUGCUGACACCCUUGAUCCACGGACUGGCCAAACUGUACCGAGCCCGACCUGUGCUGGCUCCCCACUUUGUGGACCUCUUAGAUCAAGUGGGUCCUGAGCUGGGGGAGCCCCUGAGGGUCAUGUUGUGGCAAGAGGUGGUGUCCAGGAGGGGCACAGAUGAAGCUCUUUGCUGGCAUCUGCAGCUGCUGGCAAAGGUAGUAGAUGGGGAUUCCCAGAGUGCCACCCUGAGCUUUUUACAGGAUGCUGCUGCCUACUGCACUGACUGGGUUCUGCAGCAGGCAUUGCUGCGGGUCUGCCGGGCCUUGCUGCGAGUGAGUGGGGGUGGUGGCCUGGCAGACUUACUGCAGGCACUGGCCAGGCAGCUGGAAGACCCUGAUGGCCGUGACCAUGCCCGCCUCUACUACAUCCUCCUGGCCCACCUGGCAGGGCCCAAGUUGGGGGUAGCCCUGGGCCCCUCACUUGCUGCACCUGCACUGGCCUCUUCACUGGUGGCAGAGAAUCAGGGCUUUGCUGCAGCGCUGAUGGUGCAGGAGGCCCCUGCCCCUAUUCGUCUGAGCCUGGGUCCCAGCAGGGCUGAGGGCCCACUGCCAGUGCUGCAGCUCCAGGUGGAGGUACUGCAGCCCAUCUACUCUCUGGAGCUGCGUUUCCAAGUGGAAGGACAACUCUAUGCACCUCUGGAAGCUAUCCACGUGCCCUGCCUGUGCCCUGGCCGCCCUGCCCAACCUCUGCUCCUGCCGCUACAGCCCCGGUGCCCAGCUCCCGCACAGCUGGAUGUCCGUGCCCUUUACACCACGCCCACUGGCCUCACGUGCCACUCUCACCUGCCUCCGCUGUCUGUGAACUUCGCCGACCUCUUUCUGCCUUUUCCCCAGCCUCCAGAGGGGAGCAGGCAGAGCUUCUUUGAGGAUCUCUGGGACUCUUGCUUGCCAAAGGGUGCUGAGAGUCGAGUGUGGUGUCCACUUGGGCCUCAGGGUGUGAAACCCUUUGUGUCCCGCCACCUGGAGCCUUUUGUAGUGGUGGCCCAGCCCCCCACCAGGUAUUGCAUAGCAAUCCGCCUGCCCCCAGACUCGAGGCUGCUGUUGCAGCUGGACUCAGCCCAGGCAGACGGAGUGCCCGUGGCCCUGCGGACUGAUGACUGGGCCGUGCUACCACUAGCAGGGGACUACCUUCGUGGGCUGUCAGCUGCUGUCUGAGCCCUGGGGCAGCCAGGUGGAGCAGAACUGUGGCUCUUGUGAGAUUUGUUUAAGAGAAGCUGGUGAAGGGCCAGGCCUAUAAUGCCUUUCCUAAAAAAAAAAAAAAUCAUUCACUGA